GUUUUAAUUGACAAAAUGAUAACGCUUUUUUGGUUAAAAAGUGGUAGUGACGAGGAAGCUACUCGUGAAUCACCAGAAGGUAGUAAUAAUGAAGAAGCUAGUCGUGAAUCUCCAGAAGGUGCAGAAGAUACUCGCGAUCCUCCAGAUGGUGAAGAUUAUACUCGUGAUCCUCCAGAAGGAGAAGAAGAUACUCGUGAUCCCCCAGAAGGUGAAGAUGAUACUGAUAAUUCUCAAAGUGAUAAAAGAAGUGAUGAAGAAGCAACUGAUGAUGAUGGUGAUGGUUCACCCGAAGAUACUUAUAGCCAAGAAGAACAAAAAACUAUCAGGAUCGGUCAAAAAGACAUUGUAGAUGAUGAAGAAGCUACUGAUGAUAAUAAAAUGUUUGAUGAGUCUGAUUUGAUUGAACCCUGGUUAAAACGUCUUAAUAUCGAAUCUGGUUCAGAAAAUCAAAAUAAUCAAACGGAUUUAGACUCUAUAAUUGAGAAAAAUUUGGACUCUGGAUUAUAAUAGAGAAGGUUAUAGCGAAAUUUUAGGGGUUGAAAGUCGACCGGUAACUCCUGAUAUUGUUCCUCAAAUUAAUGGUCAAUUUAGAUACAAUUCACCAGGCCCUUCAUCUUCUUCUUCUUAACAUAUUACUGCAAAUUAGAAUAUUUA